AUGGCGGGGUCGAGGUUCGGGUCGUUCAAGUCGGACAAGGGGGACUCGGCAGCGGCGGCGGCGGCGCCGCCGCAGAGGAAGGACCCGUACGAGGUGCUCGGGGUGGCCCGCACCGCCACCGACCAGGAGAUCAAGAGCGCCUUCCGUCGCAUGGCGCUCAAGUACCAUCCGGAUAAGAAUGCUGAUGACCCUGUCGCAUCAGACAAGUUCCAGGAAGUCACCUUUUCUUACAGCAUUCUGUCGGAUCCCCAUAAGAGGCGGCAGUACGACACGUCAGGAUUCGAGGCCAUCGAAACUGAUAGCCAGGAAUUGGAGCUUGACCUAUCCAGUCUCAAUACCGUAAACACCAUGUUUGCAGCUAUUUUCAGCAAGCUUGGUGUACCAAUUAAGACAACUGUUUCAGCAACCGUUUUGGAGGAAGCAUUAAAUGGGUCUAUUGUGGUUUCACAGCUUCAGCUAGGAAACCCUGUGCGCAAGAAGGUGGAAAAGCAAACAGCUCAUUUUUAUUCUGUAGACAUCACAGAACAGGAAGCUAAGAAGGGGCUAGUUUGCCGUGUGCAUUCAACUGAAAAAAGCAAAUUUAAGCUGCUUUAUUUUGAGCUCGAAGAAAAUGGUGGGUUGAGCCUUGCACUGCAGGAAGAUAGUGUAAAGGCCAGCAAAGUUUCUUCUGCAGGAAUGUACUUUCUUGGGUUCCCUGUGUAUCGUUUUGAGCAAAAUAACUCAGCACCAGCUGCGAAGGAUCCUGAUAGUGCAUUCUUUAAAAGGUUGGAUAGUUUCCAACCAUGUGACAUUAAUGAACUGAAACCAGGAACCCACUUUUUUGCCGUCUAUGGUGACAAUUUCUUCAAAAGUGCAACAUAUACUAUAGAGAUUGUCUGCGCUGAAUCUUUCCCUACUGAAAAGGAGAAGCUACAGAGUGUCGAGGCAAAGAUACUCACAAAAAGAGCUGAGCUGUCUAAAUUCGAGACAGAGUACCGUGAAGUCUUGGCAAAGUUCACAGAAAUGACUAGCAAAUACACACAAGAAAUGCAAACGAUUGACGAGCUUCUGAAUGAAAGGAAUGUAAUCCAUGCAUCCUAUACCAACAAUCCACCUCUAAAACGGACUUCAAGCAGGAAUAAAUCUAAAUCUUCACCUUCUUUCAAAUUUGAUGAAGAAAAAAACCAGAGGAAAGAAAAGAAAGUGAAGGAUCAGCACAUGGAGGGCUGCGGAAGUGAAGAUGAUGACUCGAGUGAAAAGAAAACCAAAGAGCGGUCCGCAAGGAAGAGAUGGCUAAACAUUCCUUUCAAAGUUGACAGGAGAAAGCCAUGCUGA